AUGAGUAUUGGUGCCACGAGCCAACGCCGUGGGGAGGACCCAUGGCCGCGGAUGGAGAAGGAGGUCGAGGCGAUGAUGGAUGGGUUGAUUGUGCAGAUGCAGCGGUACCGCGAAGUUGCCCACCCGACCGUCAUUGCGGAGGAAGAGAUGUUUGACUCCAUAAAUGCCGCUUCCGAGGAGGUGGACGAGAUGCGUGCUGCAUUGGACACGGCGAUUGAACACCCCGAGUUGUUUUCCAUCACAACGGACGAACUGCAGUCACGCGCAGAGAAGACACGUGCGUGGGAGCGUGACAUGAAAAAAGCACUUGACUUGCGGGCGAAGAUUAUCGCCGAACGACAACGACGAGCGGCGGCGCAGCGGGGCGAGUUCUCUCCGACCGACGCCGGGAUGCGGGAGAAUAAUGCCUUUUUGCAGCAGGAGCAUGAGGCGCAGCAGCGGUACAUGCAGGCCGACGAGGCCACAAUCGACCGUCUCGCCGGAGGUGUACGUCGUGUGAGGGAGACUGCAGUGAACGUCAAGGACGAACUCGACACGCAAGAACAUGUGCUGGACGAUAUCGACAGUGGCAUGACGCGGGCGCAGAUGCGUCUGGAAAAUGUGGUAAAGAAAACUUCUAGACUGUUAGACUCGGCCAGUGACCGUAAAAAGAUUAUUUGCAUUGUGGUUUUGGUGGUCAUUCUUAUAGUGCUUAUCAUGUUUGUUGUGCAAUAG